AUGGCUUCGGCCAAGGUGUUGUAUUUCUCGGGAGAAAUCCCCCAAGGAGACCCAGAGGGUGAUCAAAGAACGCUAUUCCGAAAGCUAAAGCUGCUCAGCAAAGAGCGAGAUCAUGUGGUUCUAGCAUCAUUGCUAGAAUGCGUGACACUGGCAUUGAAGGAUGAGUGUAGCAGACUAAGCCAUCUCCACCGAGACCUAAUCCCGACUUUCGAAAGCGUCCUCGAUUUGACAGACCACGUUGUUCAAUUAAGAAAAACGCCACUCGGCGGGGCUAUCGAGCGAGUUUUGGUUUUGGUUUUUCAACUGGGAAGUUUUGUUGCAUAUCAUGAGGCUCAUCCACUGGAGUACAACUUCACAUCCGUCAGCACUUCAGUCAUCGGAAGGGGCUCGGGUCUCCUCUCGGCAGCCGCAGUUGCUCUUUCACCGAGCAUUUUGAUGAUACCAAGCAUCGCCGGAGAUAUUUGCCGAAUGGCAUUUCGUUUUGGUCUGAUUGUCGAUCAAGUUUGUCGAUCAUUGGAGGUCUCCCCCGAUGAGAUCAAUGCCAACGGGGCCUGGGUAUAUUGUGUCCACGGGGUGGGUGAGGAAGACGCGCGUGAUGCGGUAAAUCAAUUCAACGAAGACAAAGCAUAUCCUUUAACCAACUGCGCGUCUGUUUUCAACGUCGAUAACGCCGGAAGCUCUGUCAGCAUAGGUGGACCACCCAGAACACUGAAGGCGCUUUUCUCCGAGUCUGAGGUCUUCAAGAAGACAAAAAAUGUGGCAAUGAGAAAAAUCCAGGGUAUGUGGCAUACAGACAGGGUGUAUGGCGUGGAGCACGUGGAGCAAGUCGUCCCAAAGAUCGAAUCCACACGUGAGCUACACAUUCCGUUAAUAUCGCCAGUGAGCGGAGAGCCAUUCCAGGAAAUAGAGGCCGGACCGCUUCUCGAACAGAUCAUGGAAGAGAUUUUGACCGAAAGGGUUCGGUGGGACUUGAUUAUUGAAACUGUCGCCAAGCGACUGAAGCAGGUGAUGCCCAAAUCGGCGCAACUGAUUAGCAUACAAACAUCGCACUAUAACCAGAACAUGCUGGAAAGUUGGCAGAUCGAAUUGCCCGACGCAGCGGUGUCAGACCUCGCUAUGGUGCCGGCUGUAUUGGAUCUUGCUCUGGGAAAAAGUCCGCCAAAGGACACAAGGUCGUCGAAGAUUGCUGUCGUAGGUAUGGCAUGCCGUUUUCCGGGAGCAGACACCACCGAAGAAUUCUGGGAGCGGUUGAUGCAGGGUCAAGACAUGCACCACGAGAUUCCUGCCGAUCGAUUCGACGUUGCAACGCACGUAGAUCCUACAGGAAAACGGCAUAACACUUCAAAGACUUCUUACGGUUGCUUCGUUGACAACCCGGGACUAUUUGAAGCUAUGUUUUUCGGCAUGUCACCCAGGGAGGCUGAACAAACAGACCCAAUGCAGCGCUUAGCCUUAGUGACAGCAUACGAAGCUUUGGAAAAUGCCGGGUAUGUCGACGGUCGAGGCAUCAUCCACCGCCAGCGCGUUGGUACCUUUUACGGCCAAGCCAGCGAUGACUAUCGCGAGGUCAACUCCGGACAGGAAGUAGGAACAUAUUUUAUUCCCGGUGGAUGCAGGGCGUUUGGCCCCGGACGUAUUAACUACUUUCUCAAUUUCUGGGGACCUAGCUUUAGUGUUGAUACUGCGUGCUCUUCGAGUUUGGCAGCCAUUCAAGCCGCGUGCUCGUCACUGUGGAGUGGAGAUGUUGACAUGGCCAUUACCGGAGGAAUGAAUAUUCUCACCAACUCUGAUGUCUACGCUGGACUCAGCCAAGGCCACUUCCUCUCCCCAACGGGGGGCUGUAAGACCUGGGAUGAGGGAGCAGACGGAUACUGUAGAUCUGAUGGAGUCGGAAGCGUGGUUCUCAAGAGACUCGAGGACGCAGAAGCUGACAACGAUAACAUCCUAGCGGUAGUCUUAUCGGCAGCUACUUCUCAUUCGGCGGAAGCGGUUUCGAUCACGCAUCCCGACGACGCGGCGCAAGCUCUGUUGUACAAUCAGAUUGUCCGGCGAGCUGGGAUUGACCCCCUGGAUGUAGGAUAUGUGGAGAUGCAUGGCACAGGGACGCAAGCUGGUGAUCCUACCGAGAUGAAAUCUGUGACCAGCGUGUUCGCGCCUCCCCGAUUUCAUGCCCAUCGGCCAAAGCCCCUGCAUGUGGGCUCAGUUAAAGCCAAUAUGGGUCAUGGAGAGGCUGCUGCAGGAAUCAUGGCUUUUGUUAAGACUAUGUUGGUCUUCCAGAAUGGCAUCAUUCCACCUCAUAUCGGCGUGAAGACAGCUUUGAAUCCUGCACUACCGGACUUGAGCAAGAUAGGCGUCGUGAUUCCAUUCAAAGCUGCCGAGUGGGGGCCGACCAGUACGCAGAAGAGGCUGGCUAUGGUCAAUAACUUUGGCGCUGCUGGAGGUAACACAGCCAUGAUCAUUGAAGAGGCCACUCCAAGGCCACGGCUAUGUGAUGACACACGCGAGGCUCAUGCCAUCACGAUUUCAGCAAAGACAGCUCAAUCUCUCAGCUUGAACAUCAAGCGCCUUGUCGAGUAUCUUGAAGUUUCGCAAGACGUAUCUCUUGCCGACAUUGCCUACACACUCUCGGCUAGGAGACGCCACUAUCAAUACCGGAAAUCGGUUGUAGUAAGAUCCUUAGCUGAGGCUGCCCAGCAGCUUCGACCGCACAUCGAAUCUGCUAUAACUCAGAGUCCGACCUUAGUGAAACAACCACCGGUCGCUUUCGCUUUCGGUGGCCAAGGCAGUUUCUAUGUGGGAAUCGCAGGGGAGAUUUACCAGGACUCUCCUUUCUUUCGAGCACAGCUCGAUCAGUUUGACAGCCUUGCACGUCGCCAAAACUUCCCAUCCUUCCUACCUGCCAUCAAUAGAACGAGUACUCGUGAAGACCUGUUACCUUGCUCCAUACAUCUCGCCAUCGUAUGUGUUGAGGUUGCACUCGCUCGGCUAUGUAUGACUUUUGGUAUCAAGCCAUGCGCCGUUAUUGGACACAGCCUGGGCGAAUACGCCGCACUGGCCGUGGCUGGUGUGCUGUCCGACAGUGAUACAGUCUUCCUCGUUGGGACAAGAGCAGCUAUUCUAGAAUCAAACUGCUCAUCUUACACGCAUGGCAUGGUCUCUGUUCGCGCCUCGGUGGCCGACAUAGCGCGUGAAGCAGACGGCUCGCCAUUCGAGAUAGCAUGUAUCAAUGGCCCCAAUGAGACUGUUAUUGGUGGUACUGCCGAACAUCUGGAAGGAUUUUCGGCUCGUCUGUCCAAAGCAGGAUACAGAACAACACGUGUGGACGUGCCACAUGCAUAUCACACAGCUCAAAUGGACGAUGUUAUUAAUGAUCUUAAUCGCCAAACCCAAGAGAUUGUUUACAACACGCCAAGCAUUCCCAUCAUAUCUCCACGAGACUCAACAGUCAUCGAGGCAGGCGCUAAAAUCGACUCAUCAUAUUUGACCGCCUCCUUAAGAAAUACGGUUGACUUCGCCGGAGCUCUCAGUGCAGCAUGGGAAGCUGGCGUAGUGUCGAAAUCCACGGUCUGGGUUGAGUUCGGACCUCAUCCUGUAUGCAGCGGUUUCAUCAGCCGUACACUUGCCGAAACCCGCCUAGCAUGCUCUCCCCUUCGGCGAGACAGCGCUAAUUGGACAUCUUUGGUGAAAAUGCUGAGCAGUCUAUACGAGGUUGGUCUCCAUAUCGACUGGAAUGAAUACAAUCGUCCAUUUGAGCACGCACUCAGGCUUGCAUCCCUGCCGAACUACGCUUGGAACAACAAGAACUAUUGGAUCCAGUACCGAGGAGAUUGGAAUUUGACCAAGGGCCAGAUUUUACCAGAGCCAGCACUUCCGGUUGCUAGCGGGUUCCGAAAAGCAAGCAUCCAACGACUCUACUCUGAAAAUUACGGCGAAUUGACAGCACAAGUUUUGGGAGAAUGCAAUAUGACCGAUCCAUCACUCAACGAUGUGAUAGAAGGACAUGCUAUGAACGGCUAUGGUGUUGCUUCGUCGUUCCUUCAUGCCGACAUGGCAUUUACAUUGGCGCAAAGGAUCCAAGAAGAAGCAUUCUCCUCGGCAUUCAGUGGAAUGGGAAUCAAUGUUGCCAACUUCGAGUAUCACGACCCGGUAGUGAAAGAUCCAAACUCUCUUGCUCCACACCCCAUUCUUGUUAAUGGUGAAGCCAACCUCGAGAAGGGCGAAGUCCACAUUAAGUGGUUCAACCCAGCCAAUGAAAAAUGGUACUGCCAUGCCACAGCCUAUUAUGAAGACGCUUCGACCUGGCUGUCCAAUUGGGCUCGAACGACCAGGCUUGUUACCAGUCGUAUUGACGCACUCAAUGCUAUGUCAAUCAAGGGUACGGCCAGCAAACUCACCACCGAACUUGCAUACACUCUCUUUGGUAAGCUAGUGGGUUACUCUAGCAUGUAUCGUACCAUGCAAUCGGUCAUACUCAACGAAGACGAAGCCGUGGCGGAAGUCGUUUUUCCUACAGACACCCAAGGAGACUGGGCUGUGCCACCGCAUUUCAUUGAUGGCCUCGUAUCUCUGUCUGGUUUCAUCCUGAAUGGUGGCACCCACUUUGACAAUAUCAACAACUUCUUUAUCACGCCGUCAUGGAAAUCCAUGCGAUUUGCCAAGCCGUUGGCCCCUGGUGGUCGAUAUCUCGCAUACGUGAGGAUGGUGCCAGAAGCUAUCGACGACAACAGCAAGCUGCCCUCUUAUGUUGGUGACGUCUAUAUCCUACAGAACGGCGAAAUUGUGGGCGUAGUUGAGGCCAUCUUGUUCCGACAGUGGCCGAGACUGAUGCUGAAUCGCUUCUUCCGCCCAGCAGGCGCGACUAAUCCUGCUCCUGUUACCAAUAAGAAGAGAGCUGCGGCUGCAAGCCCACAACGAUCUGCAAGCUCCCUACAGGAAAAGGCAAUGGCUACAGCAGUCGCAGCGAAGUUAAAUGGGAAUCGUGCUGCAUCCCCCAUAACUCCUCCACGUUCUGGAUCGAUCAAUAAGUCGGGUGGUGGUAGUCCAAAAACGUUGCCUGAGCUCGAUUACAACAUUCUCACUCCAGAAAGUUCGCCGACUCCGAAUAAAGGGAGAGAAAGGAGUGACAGCGACAGCGGCUACGAAGAAGCCGACGGUAUGGACGAUGUUGCAUCACGCGCUAUAGACAUUUUGGCCGAAGAGCUCGCUGUUGAUAUGGGCUUACUGACCGAUGAGUGUGAAAUUGCGGAUAUUGGGGUUGACUCGCUCAUGUCGCUCGUUAUCUCGCAGAAGUUGCGAGAAGAUCUUGGCAUUGAGAUUCGUGACGCAUUCUACCUCGAAAUAACAACGAUUGGGGAUUUGAAGAAGCUAGUCUCCUAG